CUCGACGCCGUGCGGCGAUGCCCCGACUACAGUCUCUUUGAUGUGCUGAUGAGCCUGUUCAAGCGCUCUGUGAAUGUGGACCAGGACGGCGUUGGGUGGAUUCCCGUGCUCCUGCGCCCAGGCCGCACCGCGCCUGGGCUGAAGGGGCGGAUCUUCUCCGGCAUCGGUCGGGUGCCCGCACAGGAGGCGCCUGCCAAAAAGCGCAAAGGCAAUGAGGGCGCCGUGGAUUCCGCUCGGGCAGAGUUCAUGAAGCAGCUGCCGCCGGAGAUUCGCAAGGAGAUCGAGAUGGGAGUCCCAGACACGCUUGUGGGGCGCUCUGCGUUUGCCUUCAAGAAGUUGGUCCGCACAUUGCGCGGCAUCGCCUUGAAGCCGCUGCCGCCCAUCAUGGCGGAGUACCUGGACCACCGUGAGGAGAAGCUCGCGCAGAUCGGCCGCGUGCUCUUCCACACGCUGCCCGAGGCCCGCCGGCGCAGCGUGGCGAAGGAGCUGAUGAUUGCCCUGGGCUUUGGGGGUGGUUUCGCAAACUGGACGAGCAAGGUGCUGCAGGACAUACCCUUGGCUUCGGAUGAGGGGGAGCGCGGCGAGGUGGCUGCUAGGCUCUACGGCUUCGAGACGGCGGCGCGCCUCUACCACGUGGCCGUUUUUGAGCUGCUGCCACAGAAGGCCAAGGACUGGCACAUGGAGCAGGGCCGCUCCACUGCCUCGGGGGCCUUUGCCCUGUACGCCCACCACGAGAGGUUGCAGAUGGAGAGCGAGCAGCACCUUCAACGACAGCACGACGGCAUCGGGGCCCUCCGCUCUGCGAGCGAGGCCGUGAAGCGAGCCGUGGAUGUCGAGGUGGUCGUGCACGAGCUGGAGGACCCGUGGGCAUACGCGGCGGCGAAGUACCCCAACUUGGAUUGGAGACUCAAGUCGAAGAUGGAGUUCUCCGGGUACCACCAACUGCUCCAGCGCUGCAGGCAGCACGUCAUACUUGGACGGGCGAGGGCAAACACCGUGGACUUUGCGAAGCUGGCGGCGGCGAAGCUGGCCCCUCGCUUCUGGCUGGUGCGAAACCGGGACGACUUGGGCCAGACCGUGGAAGACCUGAUGAACAAGAUGUGUUGCCCGGUCUUCGAGACAGCCAAUGAGAACUACGUGCCGCCGCCGCCCCUCAACGAUAAUGCCUUCUUCACCGGUCUGUCCUCGUCCGUUCUGGGGCGUCUGGCAGGCCCGCAGAUGGCGGACCUCGACGGCGACGAGACACGGCACAAAAUCCUCUUUUGCGACGGCAUGCUCCACGAUUUCAAGGAGCGUGUCCUCCGAUCACCGAUCCCCGCCGACCGCAUGGGCUUCCACGCAGCGGCGACCACAGAGAUGUGGCAGCCGAGCAAGGCGACCAAGCUCUUCGAGCACAUCCUGGCUUUCUUGAAGGAGCAUGUGGAGACGGGGGUGUGUCUGCUCGAGGCCAGCGAGAAUGGCAAACAGGUCAUCGAGUGCUUCGAGGAAUUGGAGCAGGACGGGUGCGAGAUCCUCCGCCACAUGAAGGUGUACGGGGACUGGGACUCCGUCCUGUACGAGCUGCGUCUCAUGACCAGGGCCAUCUCCGCGACGCCGCGGUUCUGCGAGAUGUACUACAUCUGGGGAAGCCAGGAUUCCGGGAAGGACACCAAGGUGAAGAUGUUGCACGCCUUCUUCGGUCACAAAGAGAACAACUCCGGGGUGCAGCUUCCGGGAAACUAUGUGGUGCAGCAGACUCGCUACCUGACCGCGAAGGACGGACCCGCGCCUUACCAUGCAAGGACUCUAGGCAAGCGGCUGGCCUGGGCCAGUGAAGUCCCCGAGCACUACUCGUUGGCGGAUGACUUCAUCAAGCCCUUUUGUGACAUGGAAGGUGCGCCAGUCUGCAGCAGGAAGCUCAACAAGGGUCCCCGGGACUUCAUGCCUACGGCUUUGCUGGUGGCAACAAGCAAUCACCCUCCCCGUGUGACUCGACCGGAUGGGAUGCUGCGGCGGCUUCGAGUCUGCCAGACAACGGUCAGCUUCACCUUGAAGCCGUCCAUGGCCACCGAGGAGCGAGCCGUGGAUGGCCUCAAGACCGGAUAG